AAACUAAUUUUAAAUAAACCAGAAAAAAAAAUGUAACUUGAGUGAUCCCAAGACUACUUAUUAAUCAAUUGUUUUUAAUUUUCAACUCCAAUUAUUGAAAAUCAUAAAUCCAAUUGUAAAUUUGCUUUUUCAACCGCCUUUUACUAAAGAAUAUAAUGCACAAGCAUUACAGUACUCCUUUUAUUUCUCUUAUCUGCACUGCCUAUAAAUAUCUCCAUCACCACCCUCUCUACCAGAAACCGUCUUCUCUCACUUUCUCUCUCUUCAUUUCCUUGAAGCUAAGGUUUUCAACUUUCACCAUUUUCGUGACCGUUAAUUUUACACACACAAACACACAACACAAUGGGAAAAUUCUGCUGCUUACAUAUUUUGCUCGUUCUCUGUAGUUCAUUCAUAGCAGGAGUUUAUUCAACGGCGACGUUUACGUUUGUGAACAAGUGCGAGUUCACGGUGUGGCCGGGCAUUUUGUCGAACGCCGGAAUCACGCCGCUUCCGACGACCGGUUUCGUUUUACAGACCGGCGAGGCCAAAACCGUCGUUGCGCCGUCGUCGUGGGGAGGCCGGUUCUGGGGGAGGACACACUGCACCGAAGAUUCCGCCGGGAAAUUCUCCUGCGUCACAGGUGAUUGCGGCUCCGGGAAGCUGGAAUGCGCCGGCGGCGGAGCCAAGCCGCCAGCUACGCUCGCGGAGUUCACACUCGACGGCGACGCCGGGAAGGAUUUCUACGACGUCAGCCUCGUCGACGGUUACAAUCUGCCGAUGCUGGUGGUUCCCCAGGGCGGCUCCGGCCUGAACUGCUCGAACACGGGGUGCGUGGGAGAUCUGAACGGCGCGUGUCCGUCGGAGCUGCGCGUGACGAGCGACGGCGGCGAGGGCGUCGCGUGCAAGAGCGCGUGCGAGGCGUUCGGGAAGGAGCAGUACUGCUGCAGCGGAGCGUUUGGCACACCCGAUGUCUGCAAACCGUCGGAGUACUCGCAGAUGUUCAAAACCGCGUGCCCACACGCGUACAGCUACGCGUACGAUGACAGGACCAGCACCUUCACAUGUGUAGGCGCCGACUACACCAUAACGUUCUGCCCUUCCCCAAACACGAGUCAAAAAUCAUCAUCUGGUUCUUCCGGCGCGCAAAAUCCGGGAUCGGAAAGCAACGGCAAAUCACCGCUCGACGGCAACAUGGUGUACGAAGGUGCGCUGGAGGUGAGCGGUGCACCACGGUCGUCCACGUGCAGCCACGUGUUGGGCGGAGGGAUCGCAGUCGUGGCGGCAAUAUGGUGGUUGUGUCAGCUCUUCUAACCUGUAGCUGGGAGUUUCGUUUUCCAACUUUCAGAGAGCGCGUGUGGCCCCCCCACCAGUGUUGUCGGGUGUUUGGGUGGUUACAUCACGUGUGGACCCCCCACUAAACCGCCUCUAAAACGGGCCUUGUGGUAUGGGCCCCGUUGAUAUGGCCCAUUUGACGAGGCAGCGAGUCACCCAACAAUGAUGGCACAACUCACUGAAUCAACGAAAUGAAAACAUAAAUCAAAAAUAAUAAAAAAUUAGUUUAGAUUUGUAGUAGGAAUUAGAGCAAAACACACCGCCAGGGCAAUUAUUAGUCAUAUGGGGCGGUGCCGGAUUUUUAUUUUUAUUUUUUUAGAAGUUAUUAUUAUUGAUUUUUAUUCUAUUGAGAUUCAAUUUAUAGGUUAGGGAAAUAGUUUGUACUAUGAUGAAAUGUUUGUUUAAUCACAAGUUUCUUUUU